CAAGAAUCGUACGAACCAUGGCCGAACAAUUAUUAGCCAAGAUAAAUCGUAAAAAUGCGUCUGUCAUCAGUGGUGGAACUGCUGUUAAUACUUUUAGUGAUCGCAUUUGCUGCUUAUGGAAGAGUAAUCGAUUCAGGCCUGGUAGCAGUGAAUCGAAGUAUACGUGCCAAUAAUGUUCCGAAACAAUCCGUUCAAUUACCAACGAUAGCCGAAACUACUGAAAAUGUUAACAGAUAUUGUACAUGCAGUAAUCUCAUUUGCAACUGUUGUCGAGAUUUUCACAUUCCGUUGGUGCAAUUGAAAGGACCAGGAUGUGCUUCUUUACAGUAUCUUCAAGAUGACAAUUUAGCGGUGCAAUUGAGUUUCGGUGACAACAUUCUUACUUCAACAAUAGUAAACGGUAAAAAUCCAAAACCUGUUUGCGUACCACUACCAGGUGGUUUCAGCAAAUUUUGCGGAAGAAUUUAUUCCAUCAAAAGAGACGUCAACAAUCAUUUCAAAGCUUGCCUAGGAUUGGAACUUCAAUCAGCAACCGAAUUGGAAGCCAGCUUACGCGUCAGUUGUUUUAGAUUCGGUCCGGAUGGAUUAAAAUUACGUCCAGCGGAGCCAUUACCAGUCGUUGUAUCUGAGCCAACUUCUGAAGAAGACGACGACGACGAUCUGUUUGGUUUAGGUUCGGAUGAUGACGAUGAUGACGAUGAUGACGACGAUGACUCGGUUAGACCAAGUUUGAACGCUGUAACGGACAGUGCAUCAUCCAACGUUGGAUCAGCUGAGGAUGAAGAAGAGGACGAUGACGAUGACGAUGUUCUUGGAUUUGGAGCAUUGUUGGAUAUCAUCACGGGUGACGAUGAAACUUCUACGAAAAAACCCAAGGUCUCUACCGCACCUCCACUUCUACAAUUCACUAUACCAAUUUUAACGAGACCAACAACAGCAGCUCCUGCAACUUUGUUAAACCAAGAAUCUUCCAAUAAUCCAAACGAUGCUUUGAUUUUAGAAAGUUUGAAUGAAAAUCAAAACGCUGAUGAUCCGCAAAAUUUGAAUAGCAUUGAGGAAGAAAGUAAUACCGAAAGUAAUACCGAAAAUAUCGAAGGUUUUACGCAGAAUUCUGAUUCGUUGACAGAUCUAGCGACUAACGAAUCUCCAACUGUUAAUAAUCAAAACGAAGAAACGAAGAUUACAAACAAAUUGGUCAAAUUUGAAAAGCCUUUGAUUAAUCAUAAAAUUAAAAAAGUUGGUAGCAAUCAAAAUAAAAAACCUAGUAUAACUGCGACAAGUAUAAACGCCAUCAAUGACGAUAUUAAAAAAAAGCCGUUGAAAAAACCGAUCAAGGAUGAAAACGACGAGGAUGAUCUUUUGGAUGACGAUGAUGAUGAUGACCUUGAUGAAUUGGACGAUGACGACGAUGAUGAUUUAGAAGAUGACGAAGAUGAAGAGGAUGAUGCUGAUACUGAUAAACACGAAGAACAAGAAGAUGAAGAAGAUGAAGAUGAAAACGAGGAUGAAAAAACUGAGGAUCUUGAUGAUUUGGAUGACGACGAUGACGAGGAAGAAGAUGCAGUUUUAAGUGCACUCGUUCAGGAUGAUCAUAAACCUAAAGGAAAGAAAAAUAAAGUUGUGACGAAUCAACAACAAUCGAGUCAUCCCGAAGAGGAUGAUGAUUAUUCAAUUGGUAUCACUGAUUUUCUUGCAAGGAAAAAACAAAAUGGCCGUCAAAGUAGAAUCAUGAGGCUGUAAAAUAAAAAAAGAAAAAUCAUUUCGAUCGACUUUAAGCUCUAAUUAUCGAUAAUGACAAAUGUUUCGAAAAUUGGAAUAAUUCUUUUUGACAGGGACGUAUAAAAUGUUU